UGUCAGAAACAGAACCACUAUAUAUAAGUGAGUAAGCUGCAAAUGCAAAUACCAGAGUUUACCUAGCUUCCUUCAAUCAGUAGUAUAGUACCCAUCACCGGAAUCUGACGUUAUUUGGCCGGAAAUUGCUGACACUGUCUCCUGAAAACUUGCCGUAAUCAUGGAAAUUGAUUUUUGGCCUUCAACUAACCGUCAUCAUCAUCUAUCUGCUCAACUACAACAAGCUGCUACUAGAUACUCCUCUGAUAAUCAUUCGCUAAUAGAUGAUUCAGAUGGAGAUGAUGAUGUCAGAGCUUACUUUCCGUGCCCCUUCUGUUAUGUAGACAUCGAAAUCCAUGUGUUUUGCAGCCAUCUGCAGGAUGAACACUGUUUUAACUUAAAAAACGCAGUCUGUCCACUUUGUGCAGCAAAUCUAGGGAAAGAUGUGAUUGGGCAUUUCAUCGUACAGCAUGCGAGUUCUUUAAAGCGCAGGAGAAAAUCAUUAAAAUCUAAUCCAUGGACUGGCAGUUCAGCUAUGACAAACAAGGAACUGAGCUCAUUUCUCUGGUCUUCAACAAAUGGCAGGGUAAACACAAAUGAAGCUGCACCAGAUUCACUUCUCUCACCAUUUCUUGGAGGCAUAUCCCAUUCAAACAUUAAAGUAAAUGAGCGAGAUGAGUCCCGCAAAAAAAGUGCUCAUUCUGCAAGCUUUGAGAUAUCUUCUGUUGACAAUGAGGUGGACUCUGAAGAGAGAAGGCAAAGAGCUACAUUUGUUCAGCAGUUGAUUGCCUCGACGAUCUUUUAGAGCUUUGUCACAACUUGAUACGAUGCAGGGGGAUGUAUCGCCCAUGUUCCAAACCUAUGGAUGAUGAUGAUGAUGGAUCUACAGUCACUGGGAUUUUUAGUACUAGUGCAUGAUUUUAGAAAGUUUAGUCUCCAUAUUAGAUAUUUAAGGAUUUAUAUCCCAGUGGAUGAUGAGUUUUAGGAACUCUAUUUUCGACCCUAUCUUGUACCUAAUGUAUUAUGUCUCAUUUCUUAGUUUACAUUUUAUAAUGUAAUAUCAUUUAGAAACAGAGCAUUCUCCGUCUUAUUAAAUCUUAGAAAUAAUUCUCACUUUUUGUAUCAA